AUGGCGAGAGCAAGAUUAACAGCACGUGUUCCCAGAGGUUUAUAUAAAGAGCCAGAAGCGACGGGCGUAUUCGAGUAUUGCAAUCCCAAUGACAGAGUAAUCAAUGGUUUGUAUUUGGAUACAAAAAAAUCCGAUGUGAGCUUUGUAUUUGAUAUCGAUACUGAUCACCCGGUGAAGGUUCCAGCACACAAGAUUAUUCUAUCGAACAAUAAUCCAGCGUUUGAUGCUAUGUUCUACGGUCCGGUAAAGGAAGAAGGCGAUAUCCCAAUUAAAAACGCUAAUGUCGCUGCAUUUAAAGAAUUUCUGCAGUUCUUUUAUUUGGAAGAGGUGCGUCUAACUUCCGAAAAUAUCACCCAAGUCAUGAAUUUAUGCAAAAUGUACGAUAUGAAAAAGUGUACAAAGAUAUGUGAAACCGUAUUUCAAAAAUCACUGACCAUCGAUGACAUGUGUUUUGGCUAUGGCUUCGCUUUACUUCUUGAACGAGAAUAUCUAGUGAAUUUUUGUGAGCUAAAAAUUAAAGAGAAUGCACGUAGAAUAAUGGAAUCGAAAAGUUUUCUAGAGGCUGACCGCAGUUUGCUGGAGAAAAUAUUGAUUUUGGUAUCGUCGGAUUGGAGCAACUGGAGCGCCUUGGAGAUUGUCAUAGCAUGGAUAGAAUGGGCCAAAGCUGAAUGCGGUCGAAACAACUUGGAGGCGAGCCCAGCAAAUCUAAGAAGUCAAUUGGGUGAGCUAUUCGAUCGCAUUCCCUUUGAGAAACUCACAUUGGAAGAGUUUUCUCAACACAAGGAAUUUUUCAAUGCAGAUGAAAUUGUGGAAAUGAAUCAGAAAAUUCGGCUUCAAAAUCAACUAUCAAAUCCAUUUGAACCACAAUCACUCUCAACACCCUCAUCUCUUGGUAAUAUUUUGGAUUGUGAUCGACGUGACGUUGGAUUAGCAAGGAAUACCAGGAAUUCCUCUUUAUUAUUUGACGCAGUUUUUUCAUCAAACCAGAAAUUGUUGUUGACAAAGUUUUACAUAUCAGUCGAAUUUGAAAUGCGGACGAAAUUCAAAGGAUUCAUAACGGACUUUUUAUCUGCACCAAACGAGAGCAGAUUCGAAAGUGAUGGAUCAUGCAUAGUUUUAUCCGAACCGUAUGUCAUUGAAGCUGGAAAAGAGUAUACCAUAUAUGGCGUUUUUGAUAAAAAGACGGAGAUCCAAAUACCAACACUAAAGCAUUCAGUUCAACUUGAACAAGAUAUAACAAUUGCAUUUAGAGUGCGGAGUUUUGAUUUAGUAUCACGUCUCGUUUUUCAAUUACCCGAAAAAUAG